AUGAAGCUCUCAGCCAUCGUCUCCCUUGUUCUUGUCCCUGCCAUUGUUCAAGGCUUAACCACAAGCUUCGACACAGUCUACGACAACGCUGCCGCGUCACUAGCCACCGUCGCCUGCUCUGACGGGCCUAACGGUCUGCUGACUAGAGGCUUCACAACCUUCGGCUCUCUGCCUCACUUCCCAAAUAUCGGCGGCGCACCCGCCGUCACAGGCCACGGCUCUUCUGCCUGCGGUACAUGCUGGCAGCUCGCCUUCAAAAAUUCUUCAGGAAUCACAAACACUAUCAAUAUUAUCGCCAUAGACGUCGCGACUCCCAACUUCAAUAUUGCUUUAGGAGCGAUGAACAAAUUGACCAAUAAUCAAGCUCAGCAGCUUGGUAGAGUUAGCAUCACCGCUACAGAGGUCGCGGCUUCGGCUUGUGGAUUGUAA